CUUCUCUCUUCCUCUUUCUCACUCUGCCCGUCUCCCAACACUCGCAUCACCGUCACCGCAAAUCAUGUUAGACCCCUUUCCUUUCGCCGCACCCGCCGCGCUGCAAACCGCCGUCCAGCCACUCGCCGACUACUUCUCACUACAGACGCUACCCUUGCACAUCCACGAGGUGCUCUUCGCAUUCGCGCUCUACCACAUCACAUACGCGAUCCUCUCGCCGACGCUGUCGCGAUGGCUGUUCCCGCGCAUCUACCCCGCGCUGAACAAGCGCACGCAGCUCAACUGGGACGUGCACGUCGUGUCGCUGGUGCAAUCGACGCUGGUGAACGCGCUGGCGCUGUGGGUGUCGGCCGUCGACGACGAGCGCGGCGACAUGAACUGGGUCGGGCGCGUGUGGGGCUACACAGGCGCCGGCGGCCUGGUCCAGGGUUUCGCGUGCGGCUACUUCCUCUGGGACCUGUGGAUCAGCUUGCGCUAUGUGCGCAUUUUCGGCGUCGGGCUUCUCGCGCACGCCGUCAGCGCGUUGGCUGUCUUUAGCUUGGGCUUCCGCCCUUUCGUCAACUUCUACGGCCCCACCUUCAUCCUCUACGAGCUCUCCUCGCCCUUCCUCAACGUCCACUGGUUCUGUGACAAGUUGAACCUGACGGGCUCCAAAAUCCAACUCUACAACGGCUUCCUCCUACUGGGCAGCUUCUUCGGCGCCCGCCUCUGCUGGGGCUCCUACCAAUCCUACUCGGUAUUCAAGGACGUGUACCGCGCGCUCUCAGCCAGCGACGCCCUCAACGACAGCAUCACCAACCUCGACCACAACCUGGCCCUAAACACCGGAAUAAUGCGCUUUGCGCCCUCGUCGGCGGACGAGCUCGCCAUCCCCCUCUGGCUCGCGGCCGUCUACCUCGCCGCCAACCUCACCCUCAACGCCCUGAACUGGUACUGGUUCAGCAAGAUGAUCGAGACAGUGCGCAAGCGGUUCGCGCCGCCCCUCGGUACCAAGAAAGAGCACGCCGCCCCCGCGGCCAUCCUCGACGCCGACGCCAAACCCGCCGUCGCAACCGCCACGGGCUCAGAUGCCCUCUUCCCCGCGCAAAAACGUCACACCACCCCACUCCGCCGCGCCAGAGAUCCCGUCUUGAUCGAAGGCAUCGAUCUUGACACCGACAAUGAGGUCCCGCUCGAUGCGUCGCCUGAGGUGUCGCCUGAGGCGGGGCUUGUUGGAGCUGAGAUUAAGCAAGAGGUCCUAGUCGCGCGGGGCUUGACGGAGGACGGACGGCGCUCGGUCGAGGUGCAGCAGACGAGGACGAGGACGCUGCGGCCGAGGCGGAGGGGGUAAGGGUAGAUGAGUCUGUGUGUAGAUACGUACGUACGUAUGUUGACGUGAGC